CUCUCCCCCCGAGGGAGCAGCAGCAGCCUGCCUCGCCAGCACCUUGGCUGCAUCCCGCCGCUGGCUGACGCGGGCGGGAGCCAAUCAGGGCGCGAGGUCCGAACUGCCUUGUGACAGACGAGGCGGCCCUGCCAGCGCCGCGCAGCCCAGGCUGGGGAGCUGGGAGUCUGGGCGCAGAGCGCAGCUGCUGCGAGCAAAGCGAGGGAGGGCUCACAGCGGCUGCUCCGCAGCGGGACUCACACACAGACGCGCAUCCUCUUCCUGAGCAGCCCCCCCCUCUCCCCCCGGCAGCACCAGAGCGAGGGGGGCUUGGAGCGAGACAAAGCAAAGAUGGCAGGGAUCCUAGCCUGGUUCUGGAACGAGCGGUUCUGGCUGCCGCACAAUGUCACCUGGGCCGAUCUGAAGAACACGGAGGAAGCCUCCUUCCCCCAGGCUGAGGAUCUGUACCUCGCCUUCCCCCUGGCCUUCUGCAUCUUCAUGAUCCGGCUGGUCUUUGAAAGGUUUAUAGCUAAACCCUGUGCCUUAGGUCUUAAAGUCCAGGCCAAUGGACCACAGAAAGCCCAACCUAAUGCUAUUCUGGAAAAAGUUUUCACUGCAAUUACAAAGCAUCCAGAUGAGAAGAGACUGGAAGGCCUCUCCAAGCAGCUGGACUGGGAUGUACGCAGUAUUCAGCGUUGGUUUCGACAAAGACGCAACCAGGAAAAGCCCAGCACUCUUACAAAGUUCUGUGAGAGCAUGUGGAGAUUUACAUUUUACCUUUAUAUAUUUACCUAUGGAGUCCGGUUCCUGAAAAAGACUCCCUGGCUCUGGAACACAAGGCAGUGCUGGAAUGGAUACCCAUAUCAGCCGCUGAUGCCUGACCUUCAUUACUACUACAUAGUCGAGUUGUCAUUCUAUUGGUCCUUAAUGUUUUCUCAGUUCACUGACAUCAAAAGAAAGGAUUUCAGCAUCAUGUUUACGCAUCACAUUGUAACAGUCAUUUUGAUAUCCUUUUCAUAUGUAACCAAUUUGACACGAGUGGGAGCCCUGACCUUGUGUCUUCAUGAUUCAGCUGACAUUUUGCUGGAGGCUGCCAAAAUGGCAAACUAUUGCAAGUGUCAAAAACUGAGUGACCUCCUGUUCCUUAUGUUUGCCAUUGUCUUCAUCAUCAGUAGGCUUGGCAUAUAUCCUUUGUGGAUAUUAAACACAAUGCUGUUUGAAUUGUAUGAAGCUCUGGGCAAUUUUCCUGCCCUGUGGUUCUUUAACACAUUGCUCAUAGUACUUCAAGUCCUGCACUGUUUUUGGUCUUAUCUAAUCAUAAAAGCAGCUUAUAAAGCUAUCUCCAGAGGCAAGGCUGGAAAGUGGAACCCUUUGCAUGUAGCAAAGGAUGACCGAAGUGAUGUUGAAUCCAGUUCGGAUGAGGAUGAUUCAGUACCUCGUUCAAAUAAUCCACACAACACUACCACCACAAAUGGGACCAGUGGUGCCAACGGGACAAAUGGAUAUCUUACUGGUAGCACUUGUUCAGAGGACCAUUAAUCCUUGAGCUAACUCAUGAAACAUGAACAAAGUGAACUCUUUACUACUAGAAGUAAAUAAUAAGUUGUGAAUGCAGUUUCUUCAUAUAUCUCUCAGCAUCAGAAAAAAAAUUAGAAGUAUCAAAGCAUACUGAUAGUGCACUGCCAUAUUUCCUGUUGUGAACGAAGAGACACACCAUUCUGUAUAUGUAGGCAUGCUGUACAUGUAUGUAAUUGACACAAUGGGAGCAGUAUUUUUAUUUGUACUGUCUUAGAAUAUUAUUUAUUUUGAAUAUGUUUGGGGACUUACGGACAAAAGGGAAUGUCCUUACUCUUUUGCUCUUUAGAAUCACACUAGUGGAGACCGACACGCUAAGAUCUCUUUGGUCCAUUCCUGUUGCCCAGUCUUCUAUAAGUAGUAGUCUGCUUGAUUUGUCACUUACAGUAAGCUAUAACAUGGCUUUACAGAUUCUAGCUGAGCUCCAGAGAGUUUUGCUAUCUUUGUGUUUUAAAGUGCUAGUUUUGAAAUCACCUCUGAAAUCACAGUGGCCAUUUCCCCAAUGUAAAGUUUUAAAAGGAUGGAUUAAUAUUUUAAAUAGUGUCUAAUGUGGUCAAUUAGCAAUUCAGACAAAUCUGUGGUUAUUGUAGGGUAUUACUUUAGCAUUGUUUUAAACUCAAUUGGUGGUUAAUUGCAUUAGAAUAGACUUGAUUACUUGUUCAAAUACACAAGAUACCUUUAUGUCAACAGCAAUGAUAAACUCGUACUUGAAGUUUAGCUCUGCUUUGCAAGUUUUAACUCUACAGACUUCAGUUUCUUGCAUAAAUUUCAUGCUGAGAGAUGAUCCAGUGUCAGAAGAGAGAUGUUUGCUGAUGUCCACUGUUGUGAAUCCAGAAUUCAUUCCUGAAUUUGAGGAUUUGUUCCUUUGAGCUGGAAAGGAUGAGAGCAGUGGCACAAUGACAGAACAGCAGCUGAACGUUCAUUGCUUCAACGGACAGGAUUCAGUGGAGAUCUUGUUCUUAUCAUUCCAGAUUUUUUGUCAUACAGAAGUGGGGAGAUGGCGGAAUGUUCUGCACUACCAGACCCAGAGAAGUUUAUUCAUAGCAAACUUUUAGGGCGCUUCAGUAUUUUUUAUUGGACCUAGAAAUAAAGCUGGGAAUAGCUGUAAAAUAAUUUUGCUCUACUAUUCAAUCUGAGAUGUAUGAGUAGGCGCAAACUGUGCUCCCAAAGGAGUCCGUGUGAGGAGAAAUAGACUAUUCCUUUUUUGAUGUGAUCAUCAGUUUGUGGAAAAUCCUUGGAUGAAGUAUUGCAAAGAGAACCUCUUUUUAGUCUUCUGUGCUCUCAACGGCAGUGCCAGCAGUAGGAGUGUUUCUGGGGAGCAGUCUCUAUGCAUCCUGCUUUUCAACCGUGUUGUGUAUGGGUGCACGGAAGCAAUGUGCAUAUAGACCAAAGAAAUUUAGAAAGAGGUAGGAAGGAGUAAACUAGAAAAUCAUCUGUUGCAUUACCAGGGCUGAGAGCGCGAUCUUCAGCAGGAGCACUGUGAGCCAGAAAAUAGUUUUGUUUCCUCACACUAUGCAAGUAUCAAAAUGCAGAUGAUUUCUCAGGCCGUAGAGUAUUAUUAUUAGUGGCUUUAUUCCAUAUGAAUGGCACUGAAAAAAGCUACAAGACCAUUUAUUUCUUUUGAAAGAUGGAUAUUUAUCCCAUCUCUUUACCCAGUUAGUGUUUUGUGCUGGUUUUUGAAAGUCUCUGGAAUCAUCAUUAAGCACAAAGGCCCUUUGUACUAGCCAAAAAUGUGCGGACAGUAAAGGCAAGACCUCAAGAGUAAAAAUGGCCCUUCCACUUCAGGGAGGAUAAAUGCAAGAAUAAUGGCAGAGAGUAAGAGAUGGAAGGAAAGGCAAAUGCACUACUAGUCUGUAUAGAAAAUACCCUGAGAUCUGAAAUGGUACGCUGAUGUUGGGAUUAUAGAAAGAGAGAUUUUAUGGUGACACUAUAUUAAUGGGAUGUAAUGAAUUAAAAAUUAUAAUCUCUGAAAGACCAACUGCCAAGACUAUCAUUAAGAAUAAAGGCUUAAACAUUGCUGUUCAGUGGAGUAGAUGGCUGGCUCUGUUGGACUAUGUACCUUAUGCAAAGAAAGGUGUAAGAAGUAGAAUGUCUCAGAAAAGUUUGGGAAUUCUUGAAACUCCAAAGUUCUAGAAUGCUGGUAAAUUUUUCAUUUUAUCUAAGGAUGCAGUCUUGUUUUAAAAUAGCAAUAUGCAUAUGACACCAGCACCACGUCAGUAUCUGGGACCGAGAUUAAUUAGAGGUUCUACCUCCCCUCCUGUAUAGUCAUGCAAGAGUCAUCACAAUCUGGCCUUUACGUCAGGUGUAUCCCUCUCAUUUCAUUAUCAACCCUCUCCGGCUGUCCUAGACAUUCCGAGUCCUAUUAGUAGCAUGAAAUGGGACUCUAAUUAAGAUGUAUCUGCAUGAGGAAGAUGUGAUAUUGAAAGUGGGUAGUUGGAAAAAUAGGGAUGGGGAUCAGAAUGUAUCAAGAGCUUUGCUAACCAUCACGGAACCAUUGCUAAACAUUCAAUCCACAGUAUUUGAGGGAACUGGGAAAUUCAUUGAAUUUCUCCCAUCCUUAUCAGACAGGACCAAAAAGUUUUGUUGAACAUGCUUUAUGCAGUAUUGUUCUGGGUCAUUACGUCAAUUGACAGGAGUCAAAACAGUUCUGACUCAGCCUUUGCAGAAGAACAAUGUUUCACUCCAUGAAGAAAGUGGCAUACAUUCAAAAUAUUUUGAAUUUGAACCUGUGUUUAUGUUCUUGCAUUGAGAGAGAUUGUAAUGGGGAUGGAACACUUUUGAUGGCUGUUGUAUAUUUUUUGGGUAAUGAUGUAUUUCACAAAACUUGUAAAGAGAUUUGACCUGUAAAUGGUUCACACAGCUCUGUAUAAUUGCGAAGGAUUGGAAGGUUGUGUACAUCAGUACAUGUCACAGCAUCAUUAUCCAGUUCCUAUAGAAACAAAAAUUUGUAUUCCAACUAUAUAUUAGUAUUUUCAAGCUCUUCGCCUCCUAAUGAACCAUUUAUCAUUUUUCCCUCACUUCAACUUCUAUGCUCCCUUUUUGUUAAGAGACCCUGAGGUUGGAAUAGGUAAGUAGAAAAAUGAAAAAGCAACAUAUAGACUUUAUUAGCAAAUAGUAAGAAUUUGUCUUCUGUUUCUAAUUAUCCCUGACACAUAGUAAACUAAGAUUCAGUUCUUGUUGCAUUUACUCUUUUUUAGCAUUGACAUGCAAUAUACAAAAAGGAAAGCACAUGGUUUUAAUCAAAAGCUGAGAGUCCUUGAAUAUGCUAAAGAUCUCGUCAAUCAAAGAAAUAGGGGUGGAAUUUAGAUUCAUCUGAGUCUUGACCAAGGUUAUGUUGUGUCAGUUCUAAAAUACCAAAAAGUGACUCAUGCUGUUUCCUUGUUGCCAUUUUGUAGAUAUUUCUAUGGAUUAUUCAAUUUAAUGUUUCCAACAGAGGUAGACUGGGGCACAGCUUCCCUCUAUAUGCAUCCAGAUGUGCAUACUUCAACCUGGCAUCAAAUCUUUGUGAACAUUCAGCAUAGUCAUUAAUGCCAAAACCCCUUUUCAGAGAACCAGCCAUGUGCACAAAAAGCUUCACGUACUUUCAAGUGGUUCUUGUGUUAAAUCUGAGUCCAUCAGUGGUGACAGAAAGUCACUAUUUGGCUAUGAACACAACACUAUUUUAAAAAAAAAAUUGCUCUGCAACCAAAUGCCAUUGAUAAUCAACAUAAGUGUCUCUGGCUAGAUACUACGCAUAGGCUACACAGAAUUUUCUAGUUAGAAAUCCAAUGCCUGUAUUAUUCAUCUCACUUAACUGCACAUCAUUAUUCCAACCUCCUGUAAUUCUUAAUGAAAGACAGGAUGCCAUUGGUUUUCUACUGUUGAUACUUUGAUAUUUUUUUAAAAAAUCCUGUUUGCUAAAGUUCAUUCUUUGUAUAUUUCCAGUUAGCUACUACUUGUGAGAUUUGUGAGAGAGGAUCUGUUGAACACUUUGUACCCUUCAUUGUAACAUAGACCAGAAUAGGCCCAACCUCACAGUGUACUGUAAAUUACAGUUGCCUUGAAACCCCAAAGCAAAAUCAGUUUGUAUUAUUUAUCUGCUUUGAGUGCUUUUGGUUUAGAAAUGGGACCUAAUGGGAAUUUUACAAAGACAGCUUUUUUUUUUUUUUUAAACAAUGGUGGAAGUUUGGAAAAGUUGACAUACAUAUAUAGCCUUUACAUUGUAAGGGUUUCUGAUUGUAGUUGCAAUGAAAACACAGUGUUUGAGUGUGUCUGUACUGAAUUCUCCAUUUUUGAAAUAGCUUCCAGUUCUAAUAAUGGAGGAAACAGUGUAUAUAUUAUGGUGUGACAUUUUGGAACCCCAUCAAGCGUAGAGCUUUAAUGAUCAGACAUGUCAAACUGUAAACCAAAGUGAUCUGUAAUGUUCUGUAGACCUCUACUGGUCUAAAAUGAUCUAUGGAACAAAAACACACAAAUUCUGGGUCCCAUAGAGCUUUGAGCCCCUUUAGCUGGGUCCGUGAAUUAUAAGGCUUUAUUUUCAUACACAUUAGUGAUGUUAUAUGUGCUUUUUAUCUGCAGAGCCAGGGUGGGACAGAUGACACAAUUUCACCUGUGUUUUCAUGGCAGUUCUGUACUUCAGCAACUCUCUCAGAAAUACAAUGACAUGUUAGAAUUCCACUGUCCGAAGUACAGCUCUAUAUUCAGUAGUUAGAAUUCUUUUAUGCAUAGAUAUUGUGCAAAACUUUGGGAGUUACUUUGUGUUUUAUUGUUUUUUGGUUUUAUUUUUAAUAUGGAACCAAUCAAUAUUGUGAAUUAUUUUAAUUUGGAGACAAUUUCAUAAUAAACAUAAGCAUUAGGAAUGUAAUGUCAA